AGGAAAUGCGGGCGGGCCCCUCUUGUGGGCCCUCGGACACCAGGUCCCCUGCUCUGUCUGGCGGAGCUGCACGCUCAGACUGCCAGGGACGGCUCCAGGCUCGGUUCUAGCCAGCAGCUCUGGGCUGCGGGGCAGCAGCUGACCCCCAGCUGAACGCCCAAUGUCAGCAGAGGUCAUACCCAGCCUGGCGUGCAACUCUGCACCCAGCGCCCUUGUGCCCGGCUUCCAGGCGGACUCCCCUAGGGAAGAGGCAUAGGCAGCUGGGAGCCCCGGCACCCAAGAGAAUCAGGACCCCUGCAGGAAAGCGCUCUCAUGGCUGGCAGGGGAGCCCUACAAGGACGCCCCCACUGCUGCUGGCAGCCACCCUGGAGGCGCCGUGUGGCCUGGAGGGAGCCAAUGCCAGAUGAAAUCAUGCACCAAGACAUCUCCCCACUGUGUGCAGCUGACAUCCAGGACCAACUGAAGAAGCGCUUUGCCUACCUGUCGGGCGGCCGCGGGCAGGACGGCAGCCCUGUGAUCACCUUCCCAGACUACCCGGCCUUCAGCGAGGUCCCCGACAGCGACUUCCAGAACGUCCUCACCUACCUUACCAGCAUCCCCAGCCUGCAGGAUACCGGCGUGGGCUUCAUCCUGGUCAUAGACCGCAGGCAGGACAAAUGGACCUCGGUGAAGGCAUCCGUCCUGCGCAUCGCGGCGUCCUUCCCCGCAAACCUGCAGCUGGUCUUGGUCCUGCGGCCUGCGGGCUUCUUCCAGAGAACCCUCUCCGAGCUCGCCUUCAAGUUCAACCGAGAUGACUUUAAGAUGAAGGUGCCGGUCAUAAUGCUGAGCUCAGUCCCCGACCUCUACGGCUACAUCGACAAAUCCCAGCUGACCGAGGACCUGGGUGGCACGCUGGACUAUUGCCACUCCCAGUGGCUGUGUCACCGCACGGCCAUCGAAAGCUUCGCACUCAUGGUCAAGCAGACAGCCCAGAGGCUGCAGAGCUUCGGCACGGAGCUGGCCGAGACAGAGCUGCCCAAUGAUGUCCCUGCCACCAGCGCUGUGCUGAGCUCCCACACGCACAAGAGGGACCAGGCGAAGGAGGAGAUGAAGCAGGCCCUGGACGAGGGGCAGCGCAUCCUGGAGAGUAUCCGGGAGCCCCUGGCCAAGGACACGGAGCGCGGCCUGAACCAGGACCAGCUGGACAAUGAGACCACUGUGCAGAGGCUUCUGGAGCAGCUGCAUGAGACCGAGGCUGCAUUUGACGAGUUCUGGGCCAAACACCAGCAGAAGCUGGAGCAGUGCCUGCAGCUAAGACACUUCGAGCAGGAUUUCCGGGAGGUAAGGGCCAUCCUAGAUGUGUUGGCCCAGAAGAUCGCCACCUUUACCGACGUGGGCAACAGCCUGGCGCACGUGCAGCACCUGCUGAAGGACCUCACUGCCUUCAAGGAGAAGUCAGGGGCGGCUGUGCAGCGGGCUGAGGCCCUGGCCCAAGAGGGUGAGCGCCUCAUCAGCAUGAAGCACUACGCCGUGGACUCCAUUCUCCCCAAGUGCCAGGAGCUUCGGGCUGGCUGUGACCACUGCCAGGCCGAGCUGGGCCACCGGCAGGCACUACUCGGACAGUCCCUGGAGCUACACGGCCUGCUGGAAGCAUCCAUGAGGUGGUGUGACGAGGGCAUCUACCUGCUGGCCUCCCAGCCCGUGGACAAGUGUCAGUCCCAGGAUGGUGCUGAGGCCGCCCUCCAGGAGAUUGAGAAGUUUCUGGAAACUGGUGCAGAGAAUAAGAUCCAGGAGCUGAGUAAAAUCUACAAGGACUAUGAGUCUAUCCUCACCCCGGACCUGAAGGAACACGUGCAGAAGGUCUUCCAGAAGCAAGAGAGCACCGAGGAGAUGUUCCACCGUAGACAGGCCAGCCUCAGGAAGCUGGCGGCCAGGCAGGCGCGGCCCGUGCAGCCUGUCGCCCCCCGGCCUGAAGCGCUCAGCAAGUCCCCCUGCCCCUCUCCAGGUGUUCGGCGAGGGUCUGAGAUCACUGGACCCGAGAGCAGCAUGCAGCGAAGGCCCUAUAGGAGGGCCAAGAGUGAACUCAGUGAAGGCCGGCAGGGCUGGAGCAGCUCCACUGGGGAUGAGGAGGAAAGCUUGGCCGUCCUGAGAAGGCAUGUGAUGGCCGAGCUCUUGGACACAGAACGCGUCUACGUGGACGAGCUGCUGAGCGUCCUGGAGGGCUAUGCCGCAGAGAUGGACAAUCCCCUCAUGGCACACCUGCUGUCAGCCAGCCUGCACAACAAGAAGGACGUCCUGUUUGGGAACAUGGAAGAGAUCUGCCACUUCCACAACAGAAUAUUCCUGAAAGAACUUGAAAAGUACACAGACUGCCCGGAGCUGGUGGGAAGGUGUUUUCUGGAAAGGAUGGAGGAGUUCCAGGUGUACGAGAAGUACUGCCAGAACAAGCCGCGCUCCGAGAGCCUGUGGCGCCAGUGCUCCGACUGUCCCUUCUUCCAGGAGUGCCAGCGGAAGCUGGACCACAAGCUGAGCCUGGACUCGUACCUGCUCAAGCCCGUGCAGAGGAUCACCAAGUACCAGCUGCUGCUCAAGGAGAUGCUCAAGUACAGCAAGAGCUGCGAGGGCGCCGAGGACCUGCAGGAGGCGCUGAGCUCCAUCCUGGGCAUCCUCAAGGCUGUCAACGACUCCAUGCACCUCAUCGCCAUCACGGGCUACGACGGGAACCUGGGCGACCUGGGCCGGCUGCUGAUGCAGGGCUCGUUCAGCGUGUGGACAGAUCACAAGAAGGGCCACGCCAAAGUGAAGGACCUGGCGCGCUUCAAGCCCAUGCAGCGGCACCUCUUCCUGCACGAGAAGGCCGUGCUCUUCUGCAAGCGGCGGGAGGAGAACGGCGAGGGCUACGAGAAGGCCCCGACCUACAGCUACAAGCACUCCCUGAACAUGGCAUCUGUGGGCAUCACGGAGAACGUGAAGGGCGACUCCAGGAAGUUCGAGAUCUGGUACAACGCCCGGGAGGAAGUGUACAUCAUCCAGGCACCCACUGCGGAGAUCAAGGCCGCGUGGGUGAGUGAGAUCCGCAAGGUGCUGACCAGCCAGCUGCAGGCGUGCAGAGCCAGCCAGCACCGUGCCCUGGAGCAGUCCCAGAGCCUGCCCCUGCCCGCAGUGACCAGCACCAGUCCCUCGAAAGGCAGCGCAAGGACCUCGAAAAAGCUGGAGGAGCGAAAAGGAGAGUCCCUGGGCCUGGAGGACUACGUGACCACCGCGGCGCUGCCAAAGGCACCCGAGAAGGGCCAAGCAUCUCCUCCCAGCCCUGACAAAAAAGCUAAGCGCCAUGAAGUCAAGAGCGACCCGACUCCUUUGGGUUUACGAGGCUGGAACAAAACAUCCCGCCUGCCCGAGGCCCCGGAGGAUGAUGGCUGGUCCAGUGCCGAGGAGCCCAUCAAUUCCUCGGACGCAGAGGAGGAGGGCAGCCUGGGCCCCCGGAAAUUGACUCCCGGGAAGUUCAGGGUCGUGGGCAGCGAGAAGGGCAGCCCCGAGGCGCUCGGCCUGAAGAGCGGAGACACCGUGGAGGUGGUGCAGGAGGGCGAUGAGGGCCUUUGGUGGGUCAGGAACCUAACAUCCAACCAGGAGGCCUGGGUGCCCGGCAGCAGCCUGUGUGCGCUCCUUGGCACGUCCAGCUCGGUUCAGUGUCUGAGCAGCUCAGUGGGUGAGGGGACCAUGCUCUAAGACCCCUGCAAAGGACCCCCAAGACCAGCGGAGGUGCCGCCACCGCCGCCGCCGCCGCUGCCGCCCAGGACCCCGGGCAAAUGGUCAGGAACAAGAAGACCUCCAGGCCAGAGAUGUCAGUCCCCUAGGAAGAACACAGAACUGGGAGACUGGAGCCUGGACACACAGAAGGGCCAGCCCAGCUACCACUACCAAUCAGGGCUGUUCCCGAGCGCUGUGGAAGGGGCAGGCUGCAGGGGCAGUGACUAGCUGGCCCAGAUGUCCUUUGUCUUUUGCUGUUUUCACUUGGGUUCAUCCACGGCCGCUUUGCGAGGUGUUCUGGCCUCCGAUCAUCCAGGAUUCACUGUUUACAUGAAAAGACAAUUUGAUACUGUUUUGAUAUAAAACUAUUUUUUGUUACUGGUGUCCACACAGCAGUGCCGGCUCAUACUGCUGGGUGACCAAAGGGGUCCGGCACAGCCCUCUGUGAAAUCAGGCAGCAUCCCCACACACCAAGAAGGAUUCUUUACCUAUGCGUGUUCAUUUUCAAAAGGAGAUUUUAAAUGAUCAUUUCAGAUAUUCCUUUUCUAUUAAAAAAAGGGGGGGGUCCUCAUGGUUUUUUAAAAAGCACUUCACCAAAUUUGGACAUUUGUAUGGUUUUUAAAGAAGAGAGAAUGAUACAGCUCUUACAGCGCUACUUGCAAACCUUCGUGUCCCCGGAGCCAUACCCACACAUCCUGCUGGUGACCCCAAUGUCCAGGAAGCUGUCACCCUGUCCACAGAAACUGUCCAGGCACAGAGCUGUACACAAUCGAGACAGAACUGGAAGCAGAGCUUUUGCCUGUUGUCUCAGGAACCAUUUCUGGAGUAAUCUGUGGCAGCUGUGCAAACAUGUUCGUUCAAGUGUAUGUUUGUCCGUGUGUGCACAGAAUUGGGGAAGGGUGAUCAUGGCCUCGUGGCUAUGCCCCGCUGCAGGAAAGACCCCUGCGGGUGCGUGCGUGUGUCUGCACGCAAGAGCGUGUCCUGAGACCCAGCGUUUCCUGACCAGGACUUAGCCCUGAAGCCUGUGUUCCCUCUUAAAAGCACUUUAAAGCUGUUUUCUUUCCUGUUGUUUUUAAACUGCUGAUGUAAGUAAGUAAAAUGUGGAGGCUCAGAGUUUCUCUUGUGUAUGUGAGUUUGAAUAAAUAUAAGCAUCUGUCA